UGCUCGAUUAAAAAAAUACAAAUAAUAACGCGAGAGUUUGCAAGUUGGCUCCAGACUGUAGUUACAACUGUCAAAGGGAGAGUGGAUACGCGCAUGACCAGGCACACAUUACUGUAUUACUGUACUCGGCCGCGAAGAUAAUAUCCGUAUAAAAAAUAGCCAUAAUCCAGAGGUAAGGAAUCGAAGACUGCAUCGAAAUCGAACGCGACUGAGCCUUUCUGACCAUUUUCCACCGCUUCUUUUUCUUUUACUCUAACCAACUCUCGCAGCUGUCGAAAAUUACUGCACUAAACAUAUUUUUGUGGCUCCCUUUAGCUCCAGCGCAAGGAUUUUUUUUACUCCUCCUUCGUAUUAAAGUCGCCAUUUUGCUUCACUGCCUAUAAAAGCUUCUUCUAUUUUAUUAUUUUCUUUAAGGAGUCGACGUCGUUUCUAUCCUCUGUCUCCUGCUUUUUGACAUUUCUGGAGUUCGUUUUUAACGAGAGGGUUGAGGUUAAAGCGGUACCUCGUGGUUUACAUAUUAAUGAAGGAAAGAGACGAGCGAGUCUGGCAAUAAGGUGAAAGUGUUCAGGUUAUUUAAUUUGCAUUUCCUUUCCCCCUUUGCUGGUUUUCUUCAUUUUCUUCGUCGUCCCCUCCUCACUGUUCCUCCGCGGAUACACAGCGGGGGCUAGGAGCGUGGCUACCGACCGUGACGGCUGUCUGUCCGCAACGAACCCGGCUUACGGGACGGCGGCAGGUGUGAUUGCCAUGUAACAUCAAAAGGCACCAAGCGAAGAGUAGGCUACAGCCUGACCCCACGUGGGUGACCCGGGUCACCCGGCCACUCGUGUUGGGUGGCUCCAGCUUUCCAGGCAUGGAGACGUCCAGUGGAGCCCGACUAGGGAAGCCCCCCUCAGGGGUGGCCAAGGGCCGGCCUCCCAAGCAGACGCACCCCCCCGAGACGGCCCGCACGGGCAGCUCGGAAAACGACAAUCAUGGUCCAUCCUGUUACGAGAGGGCGGAGGGCAAGAGGAAAGGGCGCCCCCGUGUGGAGGUGCAAGAACUGCGCAGCAUCCCUGCCCACAUGAUGGUUCAGUGGAAGGAGGAGUUCAAGAGUCGCUCGCGGGUCAAGUGUCCUAGCUCGGGCUGCUGGCUGGAGUUCCCCAGCAUCUACGGCCUGAAAUACCACUACCAGCGCUGCCAAGGGGCGACCGUGGCCGAGAGACUGAGGCACGCAUGCCCUUACUGUGAGGCUGUGUUCGCUACCAAGGUGCGCCUGCAGAAGCACAAGCUGUGGAACCACCCGGAGAGGGUCACCAUGGAAACCAAGACCGAAUCCAAAGGGCAGGUGCAGAAGGGGCCGGCGAAAGGGAACGCCAAGAAAAGGCCCAUGGACAGUGGCCUUCCGUCCCCCAUGUUCAUCAAGGUGAAGAAGACUCAGGAGCCAUCGCAGCCGUCCCAGAACGGAGAGUGCACCACCACCGCCACCUCCACCUCCACCUCCACCUCCACCGCCUCGCAGAAGCCCGACAGGAAACAGCAGCAACAGCAUCCGCAACCACAUCAUCAUCAGCAGCAGCAGCAGCACUCGCAUCAGCAGCCGCACACACACAGUCACACACACAUGCAGACGCACACACACAUGCCGCCGCAGCAGGAGCAAGACCAGGCGUCUUCGUCGGACACCUCACCGAGGACCCCCGGGGGGAGCGAGAGUGAGGGGGGCAGCUUGCCCCCGUCCUGUCCAGAGGAGGACCCCGAGAGGACCAGGCACAGAAGGAAGCAGAAAACUCCAAAGAAGUUCACUGGAGAGCAGCCCUCCAUCUCCGGCACGUUUGGACUCAAAGGGAUGAAUAAAGCGGAGGAGAAGCUGAAAGCUGGGCGGGCGAAGAGGCCAGAGGGAGGCCUGUUCAACGAGGAGCCCCCAAGGAAGCUCCAAGCCCCGGCCUCAUCCAGGAGAGAGAGCUCUCAGCCUCCAGCCUCAGGCCCCCCAGCAGACGCCCAGUGGCACAAUGCCAUCUCUGAGCGGGGGGAGGUGGUGUGCCCCACCUGCUCCGUGGUCACCAGGAAGACCGUGUCCGGCCUGAAGAAGCACAUGGAGCUCUGUCAGAAGCUCCAGGAUGCCCUGAAGUGUCAGCAGUGCCAGAAGCAGUUCAGGUCCAAAGCCGGACUCAACUACCACACCAUGGCUGAGCACAGCAACAAGAGCCCCAGCGACGGAGGAGGAGGAGGAGGAGGAGGAGGUGGCAGCGGGCAGGAGGAGAGGGAGAGGCUGCGCCGCAUCCUCAAGCAGAUGGGCAAGAUCAAGUGCCCCAGCGAGGGCUGUUCGGCCCACUUCACCAGCCUUAUGGGCUACCAGUACCACCAGAAGCGCUGUGGGAGGGACGUGUCCGAGGCCGACAAGCCUGCCUUCCAGUGCCAGCACUGCGGGAAGACCUACCGCUCCAAGGCGGGCCGGGACUACCACCUCCGCUCUGAGCACCCCGUCACACAGCCCAGAGGGGUAAGGGUAGGAACCAUGUUAAAGGUGGCCACGGAGGAGUCCAGGCCGGCCGGGAGGAAGGAGCAGCUCCCCGCUGAGAAGCAGAAGGAGGAGGCGCACCGGAGGCCACCGCAGCAGCAGCAGUCGGCUCGGCUGAAGGAGCGGCCGGAGGAGCGCGCUGGGGAGCAGGAGGACCCCGCGCCGCCGUCGUCAAUGGCAACCACAAUGACGACGAUGACGACGGGAGCCCCAGCGACCACCGCAGCAUCGAUGGUGGGGUCAAUGGGAGCCAUGAUGACAGCAGCAGCGGCGGCGUCUAUGGCGGAUUCGGUGGAGGACUUCGAGCGGACGCCCAGUGGGAGGGUACGGCGGCGAUCGGCACAGGUGGCCGUCUUCCACCUGCAGGAGAUCGCCGAGGACGAGCUGGCCAAAGAUUGGGGCACCAAGCGGCGCAUCAAAGACGACCUGGUGCCUGAUAGCAAGAGGCUCAACUACACCCGUCCAGGCCUUCCCACGUUUGACCCGGAGAUGCUGGAGACAUGGAAGAAUCAGGUCAAGGAGAAGGGCUUCAUCUGCUGUCCUAAUGGAAACUGCGAAGCUGUUUACUCAAGUGUGUCUGGACUCAAAGCCCAUUUGGCCAACUGCACCCAGGCAGGGGGAGCCGUGGGGAAGUACAUGUGCCUGCUGUGCCAGAAGGAGUUUAGCUCGGAGAGUGGCGUCAAGUAUCACAUCAGCAAGACACACUCCCAGAACUGGUUCCGUGCCACUACCAACAUACCACCCAACAACAAGAAACCGCCGCUUCCUCAAAGCAACGGCAUUAAGAACGAGGUGAAGAAUGGGGCGACCGGCAAGAAGAGGGGUCGCAAGCCCAAAGAGCGCCCCCCAGAGGCCACUCUGUCAAAGACUCCGAGCUCUAACCCACCGACGUCCGUUCCCGUCCAGACCCAAACUCAGAACCAAACCUCAGGCUUGGCCCAAACUACAGCCCCUGCUCUGUCCCCAACCAACACCACCACCACCACUCCUACCCACGUGCCCAAACCUGCCCCCACACCUGCCCCUGUUGAUCGGGGUAGCUUGGGGCAGAACAGAGACACGCAGCCCCUGAUGAAGAAGAGGGGUAAGCCUAAGAAGGUGCCAUCUGUUGAAUAACAUAGAUAACGUCACGUCACGUCAGGAUAGCUGGUCGGGAGGCUUGCGAAAAAAGACAAACGUCAGACAUCGCGGCACAACACAGCCUUCUCAUCCUCAGAGGCUGAUGGUGAAGCUGAUGGUGAGGCUGAUGGAAUGGAAUUCUUUUUAAAAAGAUUGGUCCUGUAUUUGAUUUCACAGUUUUUUGGUUAGACUUUUUGUUUUGUUUUUUACCUUAUAUAUGCGUACUUAUAUACAGUAUAUGUGUUUGCUGGUAUAUACUGAUAUAUAAUAAUCUUUUUUUUCUCAUUCCAUUUUUUGACCUCAUGUUAAUGAUGAAGAUGUUACUGUAAAACAGGGGUAAUUGUAAUCAAAAUUGAGAUCCCAGUUUAUAUAUAUAAAUAUAUAUAAAUAGCGUUUUCUAGAACAAGCAUAAUUCAAAUUUUUGUGUAGCGACGUCCACAUGUCUGUAGUUUCAUGUUGUGUUCAAGAGAUUUUCAAAAAGGAUAUACAAAGUUAUUCAAUUAGCAUGGCGAGCUAAUUUACUGCUAGUGUUUUAUCACGGAUAUAUUGUACUGUGUAUAUAUACAAUAUCUAUAUCUAUAUAUAAUCAAAGCAAUGAAUUUGUCCACAGUUUUCAAACCGAGGUAGGUCAAAGGGGUCGUUUUUGUUUGUUCGUUUGUGUUUUUUUUGUUUUUCAACUGUCAUAUCUCGUUUGCUUUCUCUUCGAUGUGAGGUUUGGUCCAGUUUCGGCAGCUGUGUGUCUCAGAUAGAAUGGUCCCAGACUGCUGCAGUGCAAUAGUGUGUUGCUCUCGUGGUUUUUGUUUUGGUCUCUUUUCCGUCUGAACUGUAAGAGAAGUGGAACUUUCUAGCCAUAUACUGUACACCGCUAAAAAGGACUCCCUCUCUGCUUCCUUCUCUGGCUGUAGUCAUAGUGGUUCUAGUUUUUUGGCAGUUGGACUGGGUUGUCAAACCCAUUGUUAACAUUUCCCCCGUUCAGAAUAUACACACAUAACUGAUAUUUGUUCUUUUGCCGUGUGGCCUGAGAAAACUCAGUUCCACUGAGGCCAAGCUGUUAAAAGCUAUUGAGGUAUAAGCUAGUUUCGUCCUAUUCGUUUUUGUUUUGUUUUGUUUGUUUUUUGAAAGCUGUAUUGGAGCACACUGAGUAGACUUCCAAGGCAUUGGAUUGGCCACAGACCACAAUGAUGUCAUUAUAGCUAACCUAAGCUGGAAGGAACGUACGGAACUAUUUUUUUUUCUCCCUGAGGCUACAUUUGGGGGGAAACUCCCCAAGAAGCUAAAAAUCUAAACAAGAUUAUUAUCAUGACUAUAAGGAUGAAGAUAUACUGACCUAUAAGAGUAGUUGGAAAAGAAUAUUCCUUUUCCUGCAGUUGUACAUGAAUGAUAAGCAAUGCACACAGACUGCACAUGAGACUAUUAGUGACUGUAUGCAAUAUUGAGAGAGACGGACUUACAUUUGGACAGAGCUGCUCAGUGAGACAUCGUAGCACAAACACACAGGUCACCUUACGGACCUGAACAUGUUGGAGCCUGACCACUACUUCUGUUAGGAGGAUGGCUCUGUCUCUUUUCUUGUUUGGUCAUUGGAUGAUGGGCAGCACGAACAGUUGCUUUUGUUGGAAAUUUGAUAACAGGUGACAGGGCCUAGCCGUCCCAAUCCCAGGGGGAUUUGGACACAUUUGGGCCUGAGGUCCUAUUGAGGAAAAAAAGUAAAGCAAAGAAGAAAUGUUCCUCUUGCACUUUAACCCUCCCUCCCCCACCCUCCCUAUUUUAUCUUGCACUUUUGAGGCACUGUUAAUCUUUCACCACCCCAACCUUAAUCCUGGGCUGGGCAGUUACCCCCCACCUUCCCCUCCCAAUCCCCUCUCCCAAAAAGAAAACAUCAUGAGAAUAUAGCACAGAGAAAGACCCACCACCACCACCACAACAACAACAACAACAACAACAACAACAACAGUUCAUCCUCUAUGCCCCAUUUGAAAAUAAGAAAAAAAAAAUCAUGUGUGUUAACUCACUCUAACCAUGCAAUGGGUGACAGUCGGACUCACUUGAAGCAUGAAGCCAUAUGCGUCCUCUAAAGGGACUGGAGAUUUCAAAGCUGGGUGACUGUUCAUCGUAACUUCCUCAUUUUCUUAUAAACUGUUGAAAUUUUCAAAGCAUAGUAUGAAAGGAAAGGCAUAGUUUGAGAAAGAAUCAAAAUCGAAGAAAAAAAGAGAAUCAGUUAUUUAUGCUAAGAGAAAUAAACACUCUAAUUGAAGUACUUGAAACCAUAAACAACUUACCAUUUUUAAAAUGAAAGAAAAUCCUUUAAUCAUAAAUUCAAUGAAUUAUUUAGUGUAUAUUUAUAUCUAUUGAGAAUAAUGAUCAGUUUGCUCAAAUUACCAGAGGAAGAUUUAUUUUAUGAGCGUGUGUAAAUAGGAACUUCAUAGCAAUCUAAUAAUACUUGGAGUGUAUUUCGAAUGAAGUGAGAACAUGGAUUGUAAUGGUUUUGGUAAAAGGUGCUUUUGGAGCCAUUCUACCUUAUGGACCGUUGUCUAGGGUUAUCAGGACACAGUCCCAAAUCUCUCUGCUUUCUAGAGUAAACAACGAAGAUUCAUGAGGAUCACUUAUCUUCUGUCCACACAAAAUGAUUGACAUCACUCAUAUGUUUUUUUAUAAGACUGCUCUAAACAUGGGAAUGCAACAAGUCAAUUCCUCUCUUAUUAAGUUGAGCAGUCAGUAAUUUAUUAUGUUUUGACACAAUAUUUAUGAAGUGUUCUUCUUUUCCCUGUUUUAUUUUUGGAUUUUUUUUUCUCAGUGUGAAUUGAGUUGUUAUGGGAAACCCUUUUUUAUGUGUGUGCGUGUGUGUGUGUGACGUUAAGUGUCUGCCUAUGUGUGUUAUCAGUGUGGUGUUAGUAUGGCCAAUGAUUAGCUUGACCGACUGUGAUGGUAAAGAACUGUCAGUCUUCAGAUGCUAAAUAAAUAGGAGACACCUUUGUUACACCCAGUCGAAUGUACUUUUCAUGGUUUCCAAUGAUUUCACCUGAUUUUUCUUGGUUUUCUUUUUGUUUCAUUUUGACAUUUCUUAUUGUUUGAGUGAUCGCUGAUUGAUACUGUUGUUGUUUAUAUCAAGAUUGUGUUGUCUUGGCUUUCAACAAUCUGUCUUCCUAGAUGUGUCUUACACAUAUGCAGAGGUGUGAUUGACUAAAUGGAAAUGAUUUAUUUGCAAAUUACAGCAAUAUGGCAUACCAUAUCUGAAUAGAUUUGUUUUUUGCCGAUAAGGACGCCGUUUCCACAUUGAAAAUAGUCUCAACAAUUUUGAGCUAUUAAUACCAUUCAUAUGUGCUUGUUUGCUUCUUAAACUUGUAACACAAGUUAUUAUAUCAAAUUGAAAGCCACUUAUUGGGGACUGAAAGGUAUUUCAAUACGCAAGUUUGUCCUUAUACCCCAACUUCACAUGGUGUGUGCAUGUAUGGAGGUGUGUCUUUCCGUGUUAGUGCACUUACAAGUACUAUCCCAUGAAAUAGGCUUGAAUUUGGAGUGUUUGUAGAGCGCUUAGGAGCCCUAGGUGGUUUGCCGUGGCUUUUGUACCCUUUACUUCCACUUGAUGUUUUUUCUUAUAUUCCUAGAGAUUUGCCUCACUAACAAUACAAACACAAGAAUCUUUACAAAUGGUUUUAAAAGAGUUUUAAGUAAUGGUGUGUUAAGGUUUGCUUUUU